AUUAGUGCUGAUGAUACACUAACACAUCCAGGUGGAAUAAAAAUGUUGUUUCUUCCAGGGUAAGGAGACGCCCGUCCUCCUGGUGUCGAGCUCUCAGAAGAUGUCGUCGAAAUCCUGGGCACAACCUGAUACCAACACAUUCAUUUAUGGGCCGAAUUUACACAAAAAUUUAGUUUCCCGUUGGCAAAAAGCUGUGGCCGCGAGGUUGUCUGAAGAGGACAAAAAGGAACUUUGCAAGUAUCCUCCCCCCGAAAAUUUUCAAUACAUGGCGGCCCCAAAACUUAACCCGAUGGUUGUCAAGGCGAUAUCACCCUCAAAGGGACACUCGGUUGAUGGCUCUACAGGCAAGAUCAAAAUAUUGCAUAAAAGAACCAAGGUCACCGACACGGAUCCGAAUUUCAACAAUUGA